CUGAAAGAAAAACAUUAGUUACAUUUUUAUUGUAAUAUACACACCGAUUGUAAUUCUAAAAAAAAAAUUCAAGUAAAUCGAUCGGAAGACGUGGGUGAAACUACUACAAGCGCGAGUAAUUUUCAGCUGCGCAGUAAAAAAAGCUGAAGAAAUCUACACACUGUCACCUGGCUUAAUUGUAGGAAUAAACAAACACAUCCAAUAUGACAAAUAUGCGGCCACCGCAGAAAUCCAAGUUGCUGAAGGUCGUAAUAUUAGGCGACGGGGGUGUCGGAAAAUCCGCCCUCCUCACUCGCUUCGUUUCGAAUCGGUACGAGGAAAACAAUUUCCACACCAUCGGCGUGGAGUUUAUGAACAAGGAUAUAGUCGUCGACGGGGAGCGCUUUACAUUGCAGAUAUGGGAUACGGCUGGCCAGGAGCGAUUCCGGGCCUUGCGAACACCCUUCUACAGGGGAUCAGACAUCUGCCUGCUUUGCUACGCCCUCGACGAUCGGGACAGCUUGAAGGGAUUGGGUCUGUGGCGGAACGAGUUCCUCAACUACGCAGACGUGGACCAGGACAAGUUUCCCUUCAUCGUGGUGGGAAAUAAGAACGACAUUCCAGAGCAGAAGCGACAGGUGAGCUUCGAGGCAGUGCAGCAGUGGUGCGCGGAGCAGAAGAUCGCCUGCCACAUCACGACGUCCUCGAAGGCGGCCACCAAUGUGACGGAUGCCUUCGUCCUUGGCCUCCGCCAGUGGCGGCACAUGGAGUGCGUGGCGGAGGCGGAGCUGCGCCAGCAGGGCGACACCAUUGACCUCACCAGCCCCAUUCGCCUCGUGCAGCGUCGCAUCUGUUGCACGGGCGGCGGAGGGGGCGGUGGCGAGGGGCAGGACACGAGCGAUGCCGCCAUGCAAAGUCCGGGAAAGAAAUUGUUCGGACCAAAGCGCAACGCCGCCAAGGCGCCAGCCACCAAUUACAGGCUAUGAGCAGACAGACUGGAGCUGUCAGGGAACUUACGCUUAAUUUAACCACUUACCCCGCCGGGUUGACCUUCGAUUCCAAUGCAUUCCGCUAUAUUCCGAGGGGGGAAAGUGCCUCAGACCAAAAAGUAAUCCAGCUAAAGCGAUUACCCUGAAGUUGAUGAUAUUCUAAAGAAACUUUGUUUUUAAGCGAACUACUUAAGACGAAACUAGGUUAUAUUAUACCAACGAAUACUUUUCUGAAAGAUUUUUGUUAAAUUAUUAAAACAAUUAUUUUGUUUUCUU